AUGGUUGCAAACUCAGACUUCUGGCGGCAACUAUGGCAAUUGAAGGUUCCUCCAAAAGUCAAAAACUUUUUGUGGAGAGCCGUUACAGGUACAUUACCAACUUGUGUCAAACUAGUGAUCAAGCAUGUCGAUAUUUCAGUCACUUGCCCUGUUUGUAAUCUACAACCUGAAACCAUCAGCCAUGCCCUCAUCUCUUGCCCGUUUGCAUUUGAUUGCUGGAGCCAAUGUGCAACUCCAGUAGUUUUUGAUCCUGACAGUUCUUUCGGCAAUUGGUUGGAGACCAUCUUUAAGCAAGCUGAAGCUGAUAUGAUUUCUCUUGAUCACUGGAAUAAAGCUCAAGAUAAAAUUUCGUUGUCAUCAAUCUGUCUGGAAAGCAUCGGUGAUGGCGCUGAGUCAUGGACUAGACCCGCAGAAAACACAAUCAAGAUUAAUGUAGACGUAGCACUCUUUGAUAGCGACAAUAAGUAUGGUUUCAAAAUUAUUGCCCGAAACCAUCUUAGUCACAUUGUUGCAGCACAGGCCGGUUGCCAUGGCAGAAGAUAUGCAGCUGAAAUCAUUGAAGCCAUGGGGAUUAAAGAAGCUCUCAGUUGGGUAAAAACUAAUAAUUGGCAACAUGCUGACGGACAGUCUUGUUUCAGUACAAGCUAUGUGAAGCAACCAAGCAAUGAGGUCCACUUUUGGUCUUUCAAUCAAAGACUGCCAACUUUUGUUAUCUACCCUCCUAAAUGUUAA